ACAAAAGCACAAGGCACCCUUGUGUCUCUUUGUACUCAAAUUAUUCCCUAAUCCAUCAGCGGCAACUGACUUUUUCAUCUUCUUGCAACAAAUCCAAUUCUGCCAAAGCCAAGGGCCAAGCAACAGGCCAAAACCAUCCUCCCACCAACCAUUCAACCCUUCAACCAAUCCAAACAAAAAACAAAAACAAAAACAGACAUAUAUACCAAAGUCCCUUGAACCGCAUCAAUCAAUCCUUGGAUCCUCAUCCCUCAUCAGAUCAGAUUAUCUAUCUAGUUCCAGACUAGUGGAUAAUCGAUCAGAAUCUUCAAAUCAAGCAAACUUCUUCAGAAAAACCAACAAGAAAAUCAAGAUGAUGCACAUGACCUUUUACUGGGGUAAAAAGGUGACCCUUUUGUUCGAUUUCUGGAAAACCGAUUCUUGGACCAGCUAUGCAUUCACCUUAUUGGCCUGCCUAAUUGUCUCGAUCUUCUACCAAUACAUGGAAGACCGUCGCCUUCGGUUCAAGCUUCUCUCCACCAACAAAACAACCGUCGCCCCGCCUCCUCAAGAUGGUUUUGCUGCCAAUUCAACCACCACCCCUCUUCUCUACUCCAAGCUUUUGACCCCUAAUGCCGGGAAACUAAGCGUUGCAAGAUUUGCUGGGGCUGUUUUGUUUGGAGUCAACUCUGCCAUCGGAUAUCUCUUGAUGCUGGCCAUCAUGUCCUUCAAUGGAGGGGUGUUUGUCGCCGUUGUUGUAGGUCUGGCUUUGGGCUAUUUGCUUUUCAGGGCUGCUGAUGAGGGCCUGGUCGUUGUAGAUAAUCCUUGCGCUUGUGCUUGAGCUUUACUCUUGCAGUUCCUAUUGAAUCUCUACUGAUCCUAUUUUAUGUUUGUGUCCUGUAAAUCUUAAAUCAAGAAAAGGUCAAUCUUCUAUGGUUGUUUCAACUAUAUGCACAGUUUUUUUUUCUUCA